AACGAUAGUCAUAACAAAUCAAAUCAACAUUUGCAUUUCUGUUUUUAAAUUUAAAAAACAUUAGUUACUCCUUUUUUUUUGUUUCCACCAUUUUUUUUCAACAUCAUGUUUACCACCAUUGCUGUGCCUGCCGCCCAAACAAAGGCCUCCGCCGUGCCGGAGAGGGAGGUGCUGAGAAGAAGAAACGAGGAAUUGGAGAAGGAAUUGAAGAAGAGCAUUGAAAGGGAAGAGAAAAUGAAAGAGGAAUUGAAUAAGACAUGGGAGAGGCUGAGGGUAGCGGAGGAGGCGGAGGAGCGCCUCUGUUCUCAGCUCGGAGAAUUUGAAGCAGAGGCUGUGGAUCAGGCUCGGAUCUACAGGACCCGAAUCCAUACUUUAAUGGAUCAGCUUUCGAUGGCCCAAAAACUUCUUCAGUCUGGUCAAAUUACAAUUCCUGAUUCUCAAUGAUCAAUUCAUGGAGUUUGAUCUUUCAUUGAUUUUUCUCCCUCUUUUGCCGAUUGACAUGAAUAGUUCUAAUUUUUUUCGUCUUUCUCCGUUUGAUUUGGGCGCGUUGUGUAUUGAAUGCGGCCGGUUUGGUUUGGCUCCAUGUAAAUGACGAGAUGAAAGAUUAAUUAGGAACUCAGUGUGGUGUGUGUAUUGACUUUCUCUCCUUUCGUUUUGGAGAUGUAAUGGGAAAUUUGUGUGUA